UGUGAGGUGCAGGGCUUGCCAUGAGCCAUUUUGUGACUCUCCAUGUUUUCAGGGCCACACUUGAGCCAGCAGGGAUGGAGGCCCUGGAUCUGCUGUGGAAUUGUUUGGUGUGCAAAUGGGAGCUGCGGAGGAGGGAGCCCAGGAUGCUGCCCUGCCUGCACUCCUUCUGCAAGGAAUGCCUGCCAGGCUUGAUCCAAGGAUACAGCUGUGUUCCCACUGAGUAUGAAGUUCUCUAUGAAGGUAUCCUUUCCUGCCCUGUGUGCAAGCAGACCUGCUUUGCGAGGGAUGUAGUUGAGAAUUUCUUCCUCAAGGACUUUCCAGUUGGUGAUUCAGCUAUGGCAAAGAGCUGCUCCAUGUGCAAAGAGAAGAGACCAGCCCACAGCCUCUGCACCAGAUGCAAUAAGUGGUUGUGCAGCACAUGCACAGAGGAGCACAGACAUGGCCAGGACCUUGGAGACCACUUUCUGUCAUUGUCCCUGAAGGGCUGCACAGCAGCUGAAGAUGAAGCAAGGGAGUUUUCCUUGUUCUGCCCAGUGCACCCUCAAGAGGCCCUGAAAGUGUUUUGUGAGACCUGUGACACCCUCACCUGCCGCAGCUGCCUCCUGGCCGAGCACAAGGAGCACAGGUUCAGGCAUCUUGAUGAAGCGCUGCAAAAUCAGAGAAUUAUCCUGGAGAAUGUCAUAACUAAGGUGGAGGAGAAAAAAAAUGGGAUUAAGGUUUCAGCUAAACAGAUUGAAGACAGGUUGCUUGAAGUAAAACAUCUGUACAAAAAGGUGGAAAACCAAAUAAAAAUGGCCAAGAUGGUUCUGAUGAAUGAAAUUGAUAAACGAACAAAUAUCCUCCUUGAACAACUGGAAAAAAUCACCAGUGAGAGGAAGCAGAGGCUGGAGCAGCAGCUGCAAAGUGUUGUGGUUUUGGGCAGACAGGUGGAACAUGUCCAGAACUUCAUCAGCUGGGCCGUGUGUAGCAAAAAAACCAUCCCAUUUCUCUUCAGCAAGGAACUGAUUGUGUUUCAGAUCCAGCGCUUGCUGGAGACAAACUGCAACAUGGACACGGGCCCUCCUCUGAAGAUCAGGUUUGCUUGGGAUCCCUCCUACUGGACUAAGCAGCUCUCCAAUUUGGGGGGUUUCACAAUGGAAGGUGGACACCUUACUCACCCAGAUGUGCUGCUCUGUGGAAAUAUGCAAGGGUUGCAGCCCUCUCUGUACCGUGGGCACCCCUCCCCAGCCCCCCAGCUGGAGAGCAGCCAGUCUCACCUGUUCCCCGCUGCGCUGCCGUGCUCUGCGCCCAUGUGCUGCUCCCACUGCCUCAGCGUUCCUCACCCCAGCAAAGCCCAGCCUUCCUACCAAGACAUGAGCCACCACAAGGGCUUCCACCAGCCUCCUGCCCUUCAUCAGCAGAACUUCCCUCUGCAGUACAGCCUGCAGCCCCAGGACAGGGAGCCACAGGCUGCCUCCCAGCCCGUGAAGCUGCCGCAGGCCGGGCUGGAGCAGCAGCCGCGCUCGGAGCCGGAGAGCGCGGUGUCCGGGAGGGUGGCAAAGGCCUUCCCAGCCCAGCAGCUGCACCAGGGCUGUGCUGGGGUGUCCCACGAGGUUCAGCAGGUUCCCUCGAGCCACCCACAGGCUCCUCUGCAGACAUCAGUUGUGGGAGUGCAGCUGGGCCAUGUCCAGAAGAUAAAACCCAGCCACGUGCAGCAGCCACCCCCACAGCAGCAGCAGCCCCUGGUGUCCCCCCCAGCAGGGCAUGACGAGAGCACCCACAAGCAGGUCAUCCAGCAGAGCCUGGACCUCAUGCACCACCAGCUGGAGCUGGAGGAGAUGAAGAAGGAUCUGGAGCUUCUCCUGCAGGCCCAGGGCCAGCCCAGCUUGCAGCUGAACCAAGCCAAGCCGCCUCAGCACGUUCAGCAGACUAUAGUUGGUCAGAUCAACUACAUAGUGAGGCAGCCCGCCCCAGCACAGCAGCAAGCCCAAGAUGAAGCACAGGUCUGUGAGAGCUCCACAGAAGCUGAUGCCCAGAAGCCUGUCAUUCCUCUUGACAAAAGUGACAGUCCCUCCCUGUCACAACCCUUAGAAGAAGAAGCCAGUGGCAGGAGCCACUCCCCUGAGAGCACGCUACAGCAAUCAACUUUCCAUCCUGUGAGAAAGCGUUCAGCAUCUCUGAGCUUUGUGGGCUUUCCAAGCAGUGCAGAAAUGGAAUUAUCUCCCACGAGGUUACCCAGCUCUGCCGACCCAGAGGUGAAAGGUGCAGCUGCUGUGACACCUGGCCUGUCCCCAAACGCCCUCUGUGAGUGUGACACUGCAGCAGAGCCCCUGCCCAGCUACAGCCUGGCUCUGGGCAGGGCUCCCAGUGACCCCAGCCCUGGGGCUCCUGCUGCCCUUGCACCCAGUGAUGCGCUCCAGGGAGGCACCAAGUGCAAGCUAGAAAAUGAAGACUUCAGUGCUGUGGAUUGUCUUCUAGAAAACAGCUUGGCUACUGCUGGGCAAGAGGUAGUUAAUGAAUUAACUCUUUCUAUGCAAAAAGUGAUGGAAGAACCUAUUAAUCUUUCAAUCAAAAAGUCUCAGCAUUGCACUUCUCCUUCUGAACUGCUCAGCAACACUUCUUUCCUGCCUGUGAAUGCCAGAAUGAGACAACCUAGAAGCAAAGAAGAUUCCAAUAACUGUGAAAAGGAACAUUUUGAAGUGGAUAUGAAAAGCAAUCAGAAUGUCAGAGAUGCCCCCAAGGAGCAGAGGAUCCCCUACGUGCGGCUGGAGCGGCUGCAGAUCUCUGCCUCGGACAUGGGGGAGCUGCCCGUGUUCAAGCUCCAGCCACAGCACAACGGGCAGGAGGGCAACUUCCUCCUGGUCAUCGAGUGUGGCACACGCUCCUCAAGCAUGUCCAUAAAGAUAAAUAAAGAUAAUCCAGCUGAAGGACAGAAGUCCCAAGAGGAGAACUCAGAGGAUGGGAGAUUUCUCAUCUGCCAGGCUGCAGGACAGACACAAUCCCCAUCUGUUGAUCAGAAGCUCAGCAAUGGCAUCUCCAGCAUGAAAAAAUCCCCAGUUACUCAGGAAGUCAGUCCAAUUGAAAAUGAGGAUUUCUGUGCUGUGUGUCUUAAUGGAGGAGAGCUGUUGUGUUGUGAUCACUGCCCCAAGGUCUUCCAUCUCUCCUGCCAUGUUCCAGCCCUGCUCAGCUUUCCAGUGGGGGAAUGGGUGUGCUCGCUUUGCCGUAACCCCGCGAAGCCAGAGGUGGAGUAUGACUGUGAGAACACUCGCUACAGCCACAGCUGCAAUGCACAGUGUGGCCUGGCUGACUGUGACCAGAAGAAGUGUGAAAAGUUGGUGCUCUCCCUGUUCUGCAGCAGCAUGAGCCUCCCAUUCCAUGAACCUGUCAGCCCCCUGGCUCGGCAUUAUUAUCAGAUCAUCAAAAGGCCAAUGGAUUUGUCCACCAUACGAAGGAAGCUGCAAAAAAAGGACAAGUCCCACUACUCUGCACCCGAGGAGCUUGUGACUGACGUGCGUCUCAUGUUUUGGAACUGCGCAAAGUUCAAUUAUCCGGAUUCCGAGGUUGCUGAGGCUGGACGAUGCCUGGAUGAGUUCUUUGAGGACAAACUGAGAGAGAUCUAUCCAGACAGGCAUUUCCCUUCAGUGCAGCAGGAUGACUCUGAUUCUGAAGACUUGGAGAGCCAGAGCAGCCCCGUGGCAUCCCAGGAUUUCCACUGGCCGUCAUACGGGCAGGAGUAUGUGCAGCCCAAAAGGAAACGGCGCCACGCUGACAGCGAAAAAACUAAAAGAAUGAUGUUUCAGCCAGCUAACAGCCUUCCUCAGGUAUGA